AAGAAAAAAAUUUGAUAAGACGACAUUUUGAAUGAUCUCUGGAACUGACAUCUAGCUCAAACCGCAUUUAAAGUAUUUUAGUCAUUGAUAAAAAAAAAAAUCAGAGAAAUAUCUGCAUUAAGUUUUGAAUAUCAAUGGUGACUUUCUCUUUGACGUUAUAACUUGUAUCCUUGUAUCCAACCCGUGUUUAAUCAAUAUCUUGUUUACAGCUGGAAAAAUCCAGAGAAUACAACUCCCUAGUAUAUCCUUAAUAUGCCGACUACUAUAAAAGCUGCUCUCAAGAAAUGGGAAGAGGCGAGUGGGAAGAAAUCUUCUGAGGCUCGUGAGAUCAAGUUGAUCGGAGUUUAUCCUCCCAUAGAGAAGAUGGAAGGACCUCUCCAUAUCCUUGUCAACUGUGAGAAGCUAUCUCUCUCCACCAACCUAAUCUCACAAAUACAAAACCUCUCGGUUCUUAAGAACCUGAAAGUUCUCUCUUUGGGUAGAAAUAUAAUUAAGACCCUUCAGGGUAUAGAGGGAGCUGCUGAGUCCCUGGAGCAACUAUGGAUCUCCUACAACCAGAUUGAUAAACUCAAACCUUUACGAAACCUUACUCGACUACACACCUUAUAUAUGGCGCAUAAUAUGGUUCGGGAAUGGAGAGAGUUUGAACAUUUAACUGAUCUUCCAGCUUUAGAGGAUUUAGUUUUUAUUGGGAACCCUUUGGAAGAGGAGGCAACUAUCAAUGGAAACUACACACAGCAGGUUUCUAAACGACUCCUGCUCUUGAAAAAGCUGGAUGGAUAUCCUAUAAUACGAGAAGAGGACGAUCAAGAUGAGGACGAUAAAGCAGGAGCAGAAGGAGAUUCAGACGAUUCAGAUGUGGACCAAUAAAUAGUCCGGACUUGUAAACCAAUAGUCCGGACUUGUAAACCAAUAGUCCGGACUUGUAAACCAAUAGUCCGGACCUGUAAACCAAUAGUCCGGACCUGUAAACCAAUAGUCCGGACCUGUAAACCAAUAGUCCGGACUUGUAAACCAAUAGUCCGGACUUGUAAACCAAUAGUCCGGACUUGUAAACCAAUAGUCCGGACUUGUAAACCAAUAGUCCGGACAUGUAAACCAAUAGUCCGGACUUGUAAACCAAUAGUCCGGACCUAUGAUGAUAAACCAAACCUCUUCAAGUUUCCUGUUAUCUAUGUAAAUAAAUAUUUUCGUAUUUUAAA